AUGCUGUGCCUUCUUCCCGACGAGCUUCUCCUUCAGAUCGCCUUGUAUAUCUCAAACAACAAGUCGCAAAUCAAUCUUGCCCUCACACACCGUAACUUUCGCAACACUGUUUACGAGAGCCUCAUCCGCACCGCCAUAAUACCAAUCCGCAGCAUCCCGCAGUACAUAACACUACUUUCUCGGCACCCAUCAUGGGCCAAUACCAUCACCGAUAUUGAACUUCAAGACAGCACCGAGGAUAUCAACGACUUCACGUUCACUCCUGAAGAUGGGAGGGUAGUUGAUGGCUUUGUUUCGAGGUUAUUGACGGGACAAGAGAGAGAUAUGGUCCGUCGUGCUUUCACGAAAGACCAUCAAAGCCCGUUGGCGUGGACGUCUUUGCUUUUCGUAGCGCUGCCGAAUGCAAAGACCUUACGGGCCGCGCCGAGGACAGACAACGAGAUACCUGAGGCGUAUCAGUUCCUUCUGCGACACUGGGCUUGCGACAGGAGGAUCUUUUGGACACCGCUGUUGACGUAUGCACAGAGCCAUAUCCAGGCGCUCACCGUGCGAGCUCCAAGCGACAUCUACGACCCCAUUGGAGUCUCGCAUCUGGUGAGCCUGAAGAUCCUGAUUGUCGAUGGAGAGUGUCUCCGUCCGGUAACCUUCAUGGAGUGUACAUCCCAUUGGAUAGCUAUCGCCGCGCGCACUCGUCCUUUUGGAAGCCUCCCUCGCAACCUCGAAAACCUCCAUAUCUAUGGCGAUGAACAAACAAUUCCCUGGCAUUGGCUGCUUGAGCUGCAGUUCUAUCAAUUAAACAACGAGUUCGGUUCACUGAUUUUUACGCAACUCAAACUCCGGCUGUUUUUCAACAUCACCUGCAAAACACUUGCGCGCUUCCUCGUCUACAAAUUUGAGCCAGGCAGCUAUGACAACAUUGAUGCUCUGAGAUUGCUUCAGAUCUGGCAGCAGUCCGCGGUGGACUUUCAGACUCUCUUCCGCGACCCCAAAGAUGGUGGCGAUGCCUUCGAUCGUCCUGAACGCUACAUACGCGGGAAUCUUCCUGAGGAGUUUCUGACCGCGCAAACGAGAGCGACGGAGGACGUGUGGUACAUGCAUGACCCGCAGACAGAGAGGAGGGGUGAGGCUUGGAGGAGAUAUCUUGAAGAACACUAUUCGGAGGAGUUGUUCCCCUGUUCGACGGAGUCGGGUCUGAGUACACAGCUUCUGCAGUAUCUUUGCUAG